CCUCUAGCGCAAUUCAAUUAACCUAAACGCAGGGCCGCACAGGAGGCAAGCCUGCUGGCACACUCUGUAUUCUGUUCCGAAAGUUAACCUCACGUGUGGUAAAGCUACCUCCCGAACUCAUUCUCCGCACGGACUAUUACGAAGAUGUUUGUGUUUUGACAGCUUCUUCUCCACUUCCUUUGCUUCAAUGUGAUCAUCAGAUCCCAUCCUCACUGACAACAAUAAUGGGUAUCGCAGUAUCUUCACUAUGGAAGUCACUCUUUGGCCAAAAACAAUUGAAUAUAUGCAUCCUAGGUCUUGACAAUGCGGGAAAGACUACAUUGACAUACCAAAUGACUAUGGGACAAGCAGUUUCAACCGCUCCUACAGUUGGUAGUAAUACCGAAAAUUUCACAUACAAGAAUUUAAACUUUCUACUUUGGGAUGUAGGAGGACAGGCAUCUUUGAGGGCAAGUUGGUCUUCCUACCUUGCAAAUACAGAUGCGGUCGUAUUUGUCUUUGAUUCGACAGAUGGAGAGCGGGUUGGACUAGCGAGAGAAGAAUUGCACAAAGUAGCAAGUGACGAGUCCAUAUCAAAGGCACCGAUACUGAUCUUUGCCAAUAAACAGGAUGUGACUGGUUGUAUGACACCAGCAGAUAUUUCGGAGUCUCUUUCUCUAACUACGCUACGAUUACAGAAUUGGCAUAUUCAAGGAUGUUCCGCUCUAACGGGAUCGGGAUUGAAUGAAGGUUUAGAUUGGCUAGCGACAAGCUUAGGUGCUCAAGGAUAAUGAACUUUACAUAGCAUUUAAGAUUCGGAACUUUGUCAAGAUGGGGUCAUUCUUUGUACUUUUACACAAAUUUGAUAACAAAAGAGGAAAUGUAGGGAGAGAAAAGGAUUUUCUGUUACUGUAGAAAGGGGCUUAAACGUGAUUCUUUGCUAAUGGAAAUGUUCCUGCAGACCGGAAGACGGCGGCCACGUUGUCUGCUUGAUUGCAUUUCCUACAAAAAGAGAAUUGAAUCAUGCUUUUCUCGGUACCGUAAACGUGUAAAAGUCACAAAAAAGCGGAACCGUGGCAAACUUUGUCAUUGGCUCUCAUGCCAUUUGUCAAUUGUGGCGGAGAAUAUGCAAUAAUUUAUUGUUCAUUCAAAAUCAAUUUACUCUAGAAAAAUGCUAGUUAAAUUGAGUUUAAAAUCUCUUUCUUUACCACUGAUAUGAAUUCAACCAGAU